AUGGCAGGCAAAGGAAGUAGCAGAGCAAGAGCAGACUCCAUGUCCUGCAGUGUACUGAACUGGGAGCAGGUCAGCCGUCUGCAUGAGGUUCUUACAGAAGUGGUUCCUAUCCAUGGGCGGGGGAACUUCCCAACACUGAAGAUAACCCUGAAGGACAUUGUUCAGACAGUUCGGAGCCGGCUGAGUGAAGCAGGCAUUGUGGUCCAUGAUGUCCGUCUGAAUGGCUCUGCAGCUGGUCAUGUCCUGGUCAAGGAUAAUGGGUUGGGAUGCAAAGACCUGGAUCUCAUUUUUCAAGUUUCUCUUCCAAGUGAGGUGGAGUUUCAGUUAGUUCGAGACAUGGUCUUGCGAUCCCUCUUGAAUUUCCUGCCGGAAGGAGUAAGCAAGCUCAAAAUCAGUCCUGUAACACUGAAGGAAGCAUACAUCCAGAAAUUGGUCAAAGUGCACACAGAGACUGACCGUUGGAGCUUGAUAUCACUUUCCAACAAGCAUGGCAAAAACGUGGAGCUUAAGUUUGUAGACUGCAUACGACGGCAGUUUGAGUUCAGUGUGGACUCAUUCCAGAUAAUUCUGGACUCCCUGCUCUUUUACUAUGAUUACUCAGAAACCCCCAUGUCAGAGCACUUCCAUCCAACUGUGAUUGGAGAGAGCAUGUAUGGAGAUUUUGAAGCAGCUUUUGAUCACCUCCAGAACAAACUGAUAGCUACCAAAAAUCCUGAAGAGAUCCGAGGUGGUGGACUACUGAAGUAUAGUAACCUCUUAGUACGAGACUUCAGGCCCAUGGAUAAGGACAAGAUCAAAAUGUUGGAGCGCUACAUGUGCUCCCGAUUCUUCAUAGACUUCCCAGACAUCCUGGAUCAGCAGCGCAAGCUGGAGACCUACCUCCAGAACCAUUUCUCCAAAGAAGAGAGGAGCAAGUAUGACUACCUCAUGAUUCUGCGCAGGGUGGUGAAUGAGAGCACCGUCUGCCUCAUGGGACAUGAGCGAAGGCAGACUCUCAAUCUGAUUUCUCUGCUGGCACUCAAGGUGCUGGCAGAACAGAAUGUCAUCCCUAAUGCCACUAAUGUAACCUGUUACUACCAGCCAGCACCUUAUGUCAGUGAUGCCAACUUCAGCAACUACUACCUUGCGAGUACCCCUGUGCUGUACAGCCAGUCCUACCCUACUUGGUUGCCUUGCAAUUGA